UCGACCCGGCCAUCCUGUUCCUCCGGACCAUCCGCAUCUCAAGGCUCCUGCGACUCCCUUCCACAUGGGCGACAAACACACCUUCUCCACAGCCGAAGAUUGGGGCCAUGAUAUCGUGUGGCACCCAGACCAUUUCCAGCCAGUCCUUCUCGACGGCGAAUGGGCAGUGGCUGUGAGGGACGUAAGUGGAGGGUGGAUAUAUGACGAUCAUUGGGACCUUGAGACAUUCAAAUCUCGCGCCUACGAUGCGGUAUUGGAGAGAUUAAAUGAGGUUAAUCGACGAAAUAAGGACAACCCUGCUCUUCGCGAAUACGGGGACACGCUGUUCGAGUUCUUGCAGUCAAAUAAAUGGCUAGAAGUGUCCUCCGCAUUCUACGCCCUUCCGUCAAGCCCGUCAAUUAAGCAAGUGAGUUGGGAGUUGCCUGGGGUCACCCCGCCGGUAGGAGUUGUGAAGCGCAAGUCUCGCGGAAAGGAGGGGGACAGGGAUGAUGAAGGCGGCCGGCAAAGAGGUACCGAAGGUGGAAGUGAACAGCGAUCGACGAAACAGCGGUCUCCGGGGCACGCAGGCGGCGGAGAGGGGACAAAGGGAAGCCGGGAGAAGAAGAAGCCUCGGAGCGGAGAGAAGACAAAGCAUCACAGAGGAGACGGGCAGGGGUCCAAUGUCGACCACGACGAGGACGGUGGGGUUCUGGCGGUAACAGGCAGCACCUCAAUGGAGACGGGGAACGACUUGAGGCCUGGGUGUAUUACGCGGCCUGGAGAGCAGAACCCUGUGAUUAACUCCACCAGCGAAACACAGUUUGUCGAUGUGGUUGGCGGGGCGGGUGUCGCAAAGCAUGGAACAUGCUUCGCUCAGCUCCAAAUACGGUUGGCGGAUCGUCUCGGAUCAAUCCGAACCUCGGAGACGACCUCGUUGUCCGGAACUCAGUGCCUUCCGGGAAGCAAGACGACAAUGUCUACAGAACUCGAACGAGUGGUCCGGGUUUCCGAAAACCCUGGCGACGAAAUUCGGAUUCAUCCGAACCAGGAAGUCGUGUCUGCCAUGACAGACGGUCGGUGUCAGGAUGCGGUAAUGCUCUGCGUGGAAGCCCACAAGGAGCUGCAGGCGGACUGUCGGACUGAGGGUGAGUUGGCGACCAGUUCCAAUGUCGAGCCCAACACACUCGGAGCCGAGUUAGCAGUCGUAAGCGACUCCCCGGUGAUAGCGGUCAUGUCGGCGUCAUUGGAAACUGCAGGGGCUCGGAUGAAUCCGAACCAGGGCCUUGUGAACAUCUCCCUCCCUGAUGCAUCUUUGGAGACGAUCGUGAUUCGGAUUCAUCCAAGGCACACGGACGAAGGACUUCAACUGGUAGGCGUUGAGGGUUGUCGACUACUGACGACUUUGGACAAGGACAAUUCCGCAGACGACUGGAUUGAUCCGACACUCAGUGACGACGGGAUGGAGCUACCAGUUCAGCCGGGAUACGACGAUCCCUUGUACUCCGCCCUUCACAAUGAGGCGAUGGGGGAGGACGUUCUGAAGAAGGCCUCUGACGCUGUUGGAGAUAGAUUUUUCUAUUUGAGUGACGACGACAAAGACACAGCGUACGGGGACAAGAAGUUAAGGGGGGGUAAGGUGUUGUUGGACAUCCAUGGGACAUUGAGCACAACAGAAUACGACACAGUGGCAAUGGAGAAAACACAACCUGUCGAUGUUGUGGACGUCCACGAUCUUUGUCCGGGGACGAAUAUACCGUCUACGGUCAUCGAUGCCGACAUCUCGAGCCUGUCAAGUUUCCCUGUGGGUUUGACGCAUGUCGUCGCCGCGUCGACGCGCGGAGGGGUGCCAAUUGUGCUGGGACUGCCGUCGGUGGGCUCUGGUGAAGUGGUAGCUAGGCCUGGUAAGCACUGACUUUCUCUGCUUUCUUCCUUCUCGUCAGCCCGUUCGUGAAGUGUUGUUUGCUUCGUCG